UGGAGCAAUCUAGCGCCCUUCUCCUUCCGCACUGACCGUCUUUUCCCUCCAUUUGAUUGUCACGUCUGCGGCGGUUUUCCUGGGACUAGGGUAAAGGGAGGAGGAUAUUAAUAUAACAAAACUCGACAGUGAAUGAAUGAGCUUACCUAUGCCCAGAGAUAAGAUAUCUUUGUCGGGAUUGCUCGAAAUUGAAGGCGCUUUUAGGGUUUCGGUUAAACAUUGUUCAAGCUGCGCAUCUUCGUGGAAGCAGUCAUUAUAGGAUUCUCAAGGGCUGAAUCCGUGUGGUAAAAGUAGAGGCCUUGACAGAAAGAGGAAGCAGGUCUGUGAGUGGAGACAGUUAUGGCUUUGGUAGAAGCAGUUAAAGUAGAGCCUCUAGCGGUUCUAGAUAAGGAUGAGGAAGUUGAAUUUGUCUGGGGUAGAAAGAGAGGUAUUGGUGGUAAGAGAAAGGAGGUGCAGUUUUAUGAAUCUUUUACCUAUGAUGGUGUGGAGUAUGCUUUAUAUGACUGUGUAUACAUGCACAAGGAAGGUGAACUUCCUUACAUUGGUAAGAUCAUAAAGAUAUGGGAAAAUCCAGACAAGUCUAGGAAGAUAAAGAUCCACUGGUUUUUUCGGUCGACAGAGAUCUUGUAUCACCUGAAAGAUGUAAAGGUAGCUGAGAAUGAAGUAUUUCUUGCCUCUGGUGAAGGCACAGGUUUGGCCAAUGUUAAUCCUUUGGAAGCUAUUGCUGGCAGAUGCAAUGUUAUCUGCACUUCAGAGGACAACAGAAAUCCGCAACCAUCAGAUGAAGAAGUAAAAAUGGCUGACUAUGUUUUCUACCGUGCUUUUGAUGUUGGAACUUGUGCAAUUUUGGAUAAGAUGAUUGACAAAAUUGGUGGGCUGGAUGUGAAGUAUGUUUUUAACAGGAAAGAGAGUGAAAAGGCCAGUCAUGUCCUCAAACUUGCUUCUGACAAGAAAGAUAACAAAACUGCUGUGGAAUAUCGAACUAAUGGGGAGUCCUUUGGGCUGAAACCACAGAAUCAUCUUGGUGCUGCCAAACUGAGUCAUUUACUUGGAAAAAGUGAUGUAGAUGGACAAAAUUCUCUGGUUAGACAGGAUGCCAUACAGAGAGAUACUAAUGUUUCACGUGUUAAUCAGGAAACUGCUAAGGAAGUGAAUUCUGUCCCUGGUGAGAAAAACUCACAUGAUUUGGGAGUUGCAAAAGCUGCUGGUAAAUCAAGUCAUUUAGUGGGAAGAAAUGAUGUAGAUGCGCAAAGUUCACCUAUUAGAGAGGAUGCCUUACAUGGAGAUGCAAAUGAUUCUCACAAUGAGCAGCAAUCAACAAUGAAAGGAAAUGCCGCGCCGGUGCUGGUUGUUAACAGCAAAAUAGCCACUACAGUUGUUCACAACCAAAAUACUUCAAGCGAAGAAAAUGCACUCUACACGGUUAAGAAUGAUAAAAAAGUUAAUACGCUUUCAAUAGAACUCGUAGUAGCUGGUGAAAGAGGAAAACCUUCGAAGGAUCUAGGCAUUUUGGACGAUAGGCCUUCAAAACGAAUAAAAGUAAAUGGUUCUGUGACACUAUCAGAGGACAAGGGUGGGGACAAUGUACAGAAGUCCACUGUUUGCACAAAUGACAAAGAGGUUAUGGGAACAGGUGCUACUCCUUCUGAAGAAAGAAAGAAAUCUGGAGACAGUAAGCUUUCUGGUGGACUGGACAAGAACAUGCAGAACAGAAAGGAUGGUGCUGCCUUGGAUAUCAGACCUCCAAAGAGGGCAAACAUAGACUCUCUUAAAGUAAAAGAGGAUAGAGAUAGAAGUAACAUGUCAAUUCGUAAGCCUGUUGACAAUAUAGGCAAGUUGCCUAAGUUAUCUGCUGGAAUAUCCCCCAAGGAAGUUGAGAGGAUGGGAGGCAAGAGCCUCAUAAUCACGCGGAGACCCAUUGCAGAGUCGAGCAAGUGGUUCAAGGCACCUCCAUGGGAGGAGGUGAUGCAAACAUCAAAUGAGCAAGGGACCCUUAUCUUACUAGAAAAUUUGAAUCCUGAAUAUACAUCAGGAGAGGUGGAGGAUAUUAUCUGGCAUGCAUGUAGGGAAAACUGCACAGCCAAAAUGGUUCAGCGCACUGCUUUCUCUAGUCCGUACUAUGGUAGAGCAUUAGUUGCAUUCAAAACAAGAGAAGCAGCAGAAAGGGUCAGUAAAAAGCUGACUGAGGGAUGCUUAAUGAUGUCAAAUCAGAGGCCGAUUGUUGCUAGCUUUGUAACUCUUCCGAAAAUGGAAGGAAACACUCCAUCAUUUGCUGGGCAUCUAUGUGUUGACAAAUUAAGACUACAAUCGCAGCGGGAAAUGAAAGAAGCAGUUUCUACUUCUCAUUGUUCUCAGCCCAACACCAUAGAGCAUGAAAUGGGCAUUGAGUGGCGCUUACUGCAAUCAAGAUCUGACAGCUGGUGGAAUCGGCUAUAUAAGCAACAAAAAGAGGAACUAAGAAAAAUAGUGUCAGAACUCAAGAGAAAAUGAGAAUCAAGCUGCAGUUUUGUACAUAGUCUACUUCUGGAUAUACAAAAUGUUAUGGAGGUUGCGGUAUAUGAAUUUGAAGGUUGUCACAUCAUGAUGGCACCAUUUCAAACAUUAUCUUAUCUGAAUAUUAUCUACAUAUGAAGAGAAGAGACAGUGUUUGUCCAUGAAACAAGCGUACCAGAUGAAAGUGGUUGAUCUUUGAAGAAUAAAUGUGGUGACUAAAACUUUAAAGCUCUCUGUUGUAAAAAUGGAUAGUACUAUGGGUCAAGAGUGGCAUCAGUAUGUAGGAUCAGCUGUUUGUGAGAAGGAGAAUGUCAAUAGAGAAUUCAUGUACAGAUUUCUGACUUCUUGGACCUGACUUCUGGUAAUGGUGUUCUUCCAAUAAGUUCAUUGGAGUAAUGCAAGUCUUUUGUUCGAUUGACACAUCUGGUGGUUCGGGGAUAGAUGACUAGUAGACACUCAUUCCUCCAAGCGUCUUGGCAAUUUUUGGAUGUACCACAAUCCUCCCUACCUUCCUGGGUGACCUCAAUCUCAUAGUUGGGGCAAUUGAUUAAUGUCAAAGUCACAAAGUUUAGCUUGCAGCAAUAUACAUAUUUUUAUCAGAAAUUUUGCUCCAUGAAUCGCUCUGGCAUAAUCUUUUGUUCAGCAUAUCUUUAAAUUGAAAAUAGAAUCUCUUAUCUUUGGUUCUUAAUUAGGGUCAGCAAAUGGAACUAAACAUUUUCCCAUUGAA